AUGAGCACCAUGUUCGGUCCCUCGAUAACCACAAACAGAAGCCGACAGGCAUGGAUCCGUGCAGUUAUAUUCGUCGGCCUAUAUCUCAUCCUUUCACUAUCAUUCACGCAAUGCGCGCUUGUCCUGUAUUUGUACGGCACUGCUCAAGUCGAUGGGUUGAUGACGCCUGGUUUGAUUAUUGGAUUGAUCGCUGCAUUCCUCUCAGUCCCUUUCGUGGUCAUACACACUAUCCUCUCAUGGCAAUAUCGACGGGCGCCCGGAUUGAACAUGCCGCGCAAUGCGCUGCAUAUGGCCUGCUCACAUCUCCCUCGCGUAAUGGUAGCGAUGUGGCUCGCUGCAUCAGUUGCGGGUUUGGUGGUCGUGUCCAAGCAGGCGACGUGUGUUGCGUCAACGGCGACGCAGCAGUAUUGGAAGGCAGGGUUGAGUUGUCAGAUCCAUAGGGUGACUGUUAUUUUGGAAAUUUUGGCAUUUAUAACCACAUCAGCUCUGUUCUUCUGCUUCCAAGUCUGCGAACGCCCCUACGACUCCUCCCUCCUCGGCCUGUACGCCCCCCAACGCCCUCCCCGAGACGGCAGCAUCUUCUCUGAAUCAAGCUGGGAAAGCGAAACCCUCAAGAACGAAAUCCUCUACCUCUGUCGGCAUCCGGAUGCUGGUCCCGGAAACGGGGAACUGUACUGGUCACCAAAUGAUAGUUCUUUGUUCGAGACGCCCGUUCGACCACCUAGUAUUCGAUAUCCCGGGCCCACGAGAGUCAAGCCGCAAUUACACCUAAACACGCACACGAAUUCGAUCAGGCCUUCGAUUAUUGCUGCAACGUCCGUGAGGACGGAUACGUCACCCAAAGUGUCACCUGUUGAUCAGACAGCAGCUCGAUCUAUCAGUUUGAGAAGUGACAUUUCCCCUCUAUCGAGAAAUCCGUCACUCACUUCGACUCUACAACCUGGUACAGAGGCUGCAUUGACCAAACCCUCGGUAGUGCCGCCGGUACCCAAGAUUCCUGAUAUCCCUGAAAUCUCAGUACCGUCCAAGGUUAAGACGAAACAUGCAAGGCAAAAGUCGUCGGUCUCGAGUCGAAAGUUUCUGCCGAAGGAUUGGUUGUCGCAGCCUCUGUCGGAGGAUCCGCAGAUUCGUGCGCUUGCGUCGCCACCGGGGUCGCCAGAGAUCGAGGCUGUUUUUCCAUCUAAGGAUGAGGUGAAUGAUAAGAAUGAUGAUUCGGGAAGUGCUGGUUUGAUACCGAAUCUUCCUUCGCCGCCAGCACCAACCGCAUCGCCGGCCGGCAGGAAAUCAUCCGAUGACGCUCGGUCUGGCUCAAGCAAUAGUAACGGUACUGGCAUACAGACGAGACGUCGAUCAAUGACCGCGCCUGGAAAUCCACCUCCUGUCCUCCCUCCUGUGCCUUUGAUGGUGCGCAAGUCGCGGACAUCAUAUAUCAAUCCGAACCCAAGGUCAAUACAUCAUCCCCAUCACCCAAAUUUUGUACCUGCAACAACAAUCACACCCAAGACCUCGCCAGAUGCAAUCCAAAAACCACCAGCAGCCAGGCCCAGUCUAGCUCCCACACAAAUCAACAUCAACAUCUACCCGUCUCCCGCCCCAUCGCCAACUGAGCAUGGGCCAUCAUCCACCUACACGCUUCCCACCGACACAACCCUCAUUAGCAGCCCACGGCUCUAUCAAGGAUCUACAACGAGCCCGCUCAUCAUCUUCAUCCUAUCGAAACAACCAGCACACAACAUGAUGCAUGCCCCGGCACAAACACCACAACACCCGCUAAGACCAACAUAUACUCGCCGUUUCCACUCCAAUGACGGCCGCGGCUUCGACCCAGCACAUACGCUACCACCCAUCCCACGCAGCGAUGACACGGCGACUCUGUAUCCGAGUACCCGACGACCACGCAGUUCGAUUUAUGGCGGUAUUCCGAAUGUUGCUACAACUUCCAAUAGCAGCAGCAGCAGCAACCCACACGAAGCAAUAGGUGUAAGACGCAUGUCCCUGAGUCUGGCGGAUGGAGGCGUUGCGCUAGAAGGGGAUAGGGAGAUUGUGGAGAGGAGAAAUACGUAUAGAGGCGCUGAGAGAACGAGUUUUUGUGCGCCAGCGGUGGGUGGUGUGGUGCUGGGAUGA